AGCGCGCGGCUGAUACCCGGGACUAGGCUGCGGCGGUUAGUCCUCUCCCGGCCGCCGUCCUCUCCGACAUAUUGCCCGCAGGAGCUGCGGCGGCGAAGCGGAGAGCGCCGGGGGGAGGAGAUGGGAGGACGAAGAGGUCCCAACAGGACAUCUUACUGUCGAAAUCCGCUCUGUGAACCAGGAUCCUCAGGGGGCUCUGGUGGGGGCCACACUUCCAGUGCAUCAGUGACCAGUGUCCGUUCUCGCACCAGGAGCAGUUCUGGAACAGGCCUCUCCAGCCCUCCUCUGGCCACUCAGACAGUUGUGCCUCUGCAACACUGCAAGAUCCCCGAGCUGCCAGUACAGGCCAGCAUUCUGUUUGAGUUACAGCUUUUCUUCUGCCAGCUCAUAGCUCUCUUCGUUCACUACAUCAACAUCUACAAGACAGUGUGGUGGUAUCCGCCCUCUCACCCACCCUCCCAUACCUCCCUGAACUUCCACCUGAUCGACUUCAACUUGCUGAUGGUGACCACCAUUGUUCUGGGCCGCCGCUUCAUUGGGUCCAUCGUGAAGGAGGCUUCUCAGAGGGGGAAGGUCUCCCUCUUUCGCUCCAUCCUGCUGUUCCUCACCCGCUUCACCGUUCUCACGGCAACAGGCUGGAGUCUGUGCCGAUCCCUCAUCCACCUCUUCAGGACCUACUCCUUCCUGAACCUCCUGUUCCUCUGCUAUCCGUUUGGGAUGUACAUUCCGUUCCUACAGCUGAACUGUGAUCUGCGCAAGACAAACCUCUUCAGCCACAUGGCCUCCGUGGGGCCCCGGGAGGCAGUCAGUGGCCUGGCAAGAAGUCGGGACUACCUGCUGACACUUCGGGAGACAUGGAAGCAGCACACACGACAGCUGUAUGGCCCGGAAGCCAUGCCCACCCAUGCCUGCUGCCUGUCUCCCAGCCUCAUCCGUAGUGAAGUGGAGUUCCUUAAGAUGGACUUCAAUUGGCGCAUGAAGGAAGUGCUUGUCAGCUCCAUGCUGAGUGCCUAUUAUGUGGCCUUUGUGCCUGUCUGGUUUGUGAAGAACACACAUUACUAUGACAAGCGUUGGUCCUGUGAGCUCUUCCUGCUAGUGUCCAUCAGCACCUCAGUGAUCCUCAUGCAGCACCUGCUUCCUGCCAGUUACUGCGACCUGCUGCACAAGGCUGCUGCCCAUUUGGGCUGCUGGCAGAAGGUGGACCCUGCACUAUGCUCCAACGUGCUACAGCACCCGUGGACUGAAGAAUGCAUGUGGCCGCAGGGUGUACUGGUGAAGCACAGCAAGAAUGUCUACAAGGCAGUGGGCCACUACAAUGUGGCUAUCCCCUCUGAUGUCUCCCACUUCCGGUUCCAUUUCUUUUUCAGCAAACCCCUGCGGAUCCUCAACAUCCUCCUCCUGCUGGAGGGUGCUGUCAUUGUCUACCAGCUCUACUCUUUAAUGUCCUCUGAAAAGUGGCACCAGACCAUCUCACUGGCCCUCAUCCUCUUCAGCAACUACUAUGCCUUCUUCAAGCUGCUGCGUGACCGCCUCGUGUUGGGCAAGGCCUACUCAUACUCAGCCAGCCCCCAGAGAGACCUGGAUCACCGGUUCUCCUGAGCCUCAGGGUAACCCCAGGGACAGCAUCCAGGCUUCAGCCAGGGGCUCCCUGGAAAGUAGCUGUUGGGGAGGGUUGAGUGUGGGGUUUGAACAAAAAAAAAAAAAAAAAAAAAAAAAAAAAAAAA